GUUGGACGAAAGAAUACACAGUUGAAGAUCUCCAGCUGAAGAGUGUGGAGCACUUGCGAUGGCCACUGUCCUGAGAUGGGCCGUGGUGUACUGGACCCUCACUCAGGUCAUCGUCUUCUGUGGUGCUGUGCACCCCAUACACAUUCAACUUAACCUUGAUGGUAAAGACAUUAUUGAGGAUAUAGAGGACUAUGAAAGACUGCCUAAUGAAAAAUAUGUCAUACUUCAAAAAAUACGUGAUCUGGUGAAAAUGUGGUACAAUUCUGAAGAUGCAGCUAAACCCAUGUACAAUGAUGAUUCUGACAGGAGUCUCGUUGAAAAGGCUGGGCUCAUAAAACUCUACAUUAGAGGAAAAUUCCAAAUUGAGGAAAAGGGAGGUGAAAACAGAUAUUUUCUUUGGGACAAUAAAAGAAAAGGUGCAAAGGAAUUAGGAGAGUUUGUUUUAAGGAUUUUCAAAGGUGACCCUGUUGUUAUUGUCGUGUUCCCAGACGACCUGCAAACAUAUACUGGCUUUCAAUUCCAAAAGGAGUUUGAAGAAGUGGUACAGACAACAAAUGACAGAAUCACAGUUGGACGAGGGGUGAUAAAUGUUUAUCUGGGUUUGGGUGAUCAAAAUCAGGAAACACAGGUGUUUACUCUCCUAGAAGAAGAGAUAAAAACGCAAAAUAAAAUGGUAGCUAUGUCUGAAAAAGAUGAAAAAUACUACAGCAUUUUUGCUCAACAUCAUCCAUAUGCAUUCAGCUUCAGGACAGUGUUUACUGCAUGGAGACCUGAACUAAAGCCUGUAAAUAUAUUUCAAGUGAAAAUCCUGGAGGCAGAUUCAGUGGCUGUUAAGCUAAUAUCUGCUUGCACAUCUGAUAAGAAAGGCUUGAAAGUGGGUUCACACACAGCGCAGGGUUUAGCCGACAUUUUGUUGAAGCUGUUGAGAGUUCAGGAUGUGGAAACACAUCCAGAGCAAAGAAUCAGAGUCGAACUUCCAAAAACCUGUGGGACGGCAAAAGAAAGAGAGGCUUUUACAGGUCACCUUGUUGACAACCUGGAGAAUAAAAACCUUAAAGUUUAUGGGAAAGAGCCAAGUGUUCACAUACAUGUAUAUAGGAAUGAGAAAUCGGAUGAUGCAUUUGAUAAGGAUAUAAAUCACAUAGAGGAAUUACACAAACAAAAUGACAUUGUUGGAGAAAUAGAGAAUGAUGAAAUCAAAACUCAGGUCAAGGAUCAGGAUCGCACAAAAGUAUCCUCUGCUAAAGAGUUAUUCAUACACAUCCACUGCCACGGUGUUUUUUCUGGCAAUGUUGGUACUAUUUGCGGAAAAGAUUCGAAAACACUUGCAGAUAUUCUGUCCAACUGGGGUUUGGUGCCUCAGGCCCCAACAGCUGUGAGAGGUGGCGGGAAGGUGGUGCCCAAACCCUACAUGGUGAUAAUAGCACGUUUGAGAUGGCGGGAGGAGGACGUCAGCCGCAAGAAAUGGUGGGAGGGGAUCGACAGCCAUGAGAUGCGGCGGGAAGACGACGAUAGCCAUGAGUGGCAUGGGGCCCCACCUUCUGUUCCACAGCAAGGCCACUAG